UCACGUCAUACCAUAUGAUUUAAAUUGAUGACAGAGUGUUUGCGCGCACAUGGUGUAUGUUUAUGUUUACGUUCAUCGAAAUUAAAUUGCAAAUUUUGCUGCAAACCGACAUGAAAUUCGUGAUUGAGACUUUAACGAAAUGUUCGCCGCGACUGGGACACUUGCAGAAGAACGACAUCGUUCUCAAUUCACCGUUAUUGUUGCAUCACACUAAGUGUGCCAUCAUUCCAUUCCUAUCGCAAGAAGUGUUCUCCUACGUAACGACAGAGACACAGGCGUAUUCCAUUUGUCUCGACUCGACGAUUCAAAUGAACGACGCAUUGUCCGAAUACCGGAAAGGAAUUGCAUCGUUUUCCGGCAUCGGUUCGGAUGGCAUAACUUUCCUUACGAUCAGAAAUCCCAGUGAAGUUUACAAAACUUCGGACAUCGGUGAUCAGAAAGACAGUCUGUCGAUUUUUACGCGAACGGGUCGAAAAGCCAUUUCAGCUGAUCAGUACAUGGACUUAGUGGUUUCACAUCGGCCGGAUAUUUUCCAUGCUUUGUGUGACGGGGAUACGAAUGCAGAGUGUUCGAACAGGAGAACGAUUAAAUCGGCUGAAAGAACAAAGAAAUUUUUCCGACAUUGUCUCGAACGCUAUCGAACGUCGGAGACAUUGAAAGGUCAAUCACUGUUUGUAGCUCCCAUUGAAGGUGGCUACAGUUCAAAGCAUCGAGAAGAAUUCAUCAAGGACAUAUUGGUCCACAAUGCUGACAUCGAUGGCUACUUCUUGGAUGGCUUCCAUAGUAACGGAGUCACAGCGACUUCAUUACAAAUCGAUAGCAUCCAGGACAUUGUUCAGAAAUGUAACGAACUGCUUCCCGCGGAUAAAUUCAAAGUUAUGUUCGGUCCGUACAAUCCCGUUCUGAUGCUGCAACUCAUCCAAUUGGGGGUCGAUGUCUUUGAUAGUUCCUAUUGUUACCUAGCCACUACGCACAAAUGCGCGCUGACUUUCGGUUUUGAUGUGGAUGUCAAAGGAGAGCAUCGGGAAUUCGAUAUGGAUUUGAGUGACCCGAGCUAUAAGGAGGACUUUAACCCCAUACUACAGGGAUGCAAAUGUUUGUCGUGUGAAAAGCAUACCCGAGCUUACAUUCACCAUUUGAUCAACACAAAGGAACUGCUAUCGUCAAUACUGUUAACGAUCCACAAUACGCAUCAGUACAUGGAAUUCUUUAAAACCAUUCGACAAGCCGCUGUCGACGGCAACAUACCCGUUUUGAUUGACGUGGUCCGGACACAAUUCGAAAAGAGAUGCUUGCUGAACGAAAACAUGCAGAAACAGAUCGAGAACGAAAACAAGCAGAUCGAAUCGGAAAAAGGAAAGAGAAAAGUGAAAAAGUCGGUCGCUAGCGAUGAAACAGAGCGGAGCAUAGUGUGUGAAAAUUGAAUCGAAACGAAAUACAUAGGUGGCUCGUAGCGUAAAUGU